UAAACUUUCAUUUGAUGAAUAUCAAUCGCAUUUUUCCAAUUCGACGGCUCUCCGUAAUUAUUUAAAAAAUAAAAUGAAGAUCUCUUCUAUCUUUUUCAUCCUCGCCUCUGCACAGGCUUUUUCCACAGUUCCCGUUCAACGUGCUGUAAGUGUCAUCGGUAUGACGUGUUGGGAAUACCUGCAAGAAUCUAUGCCUAAAAUUUGUUGACGCCAAAUGUUUCGCCUCAUGUUGCACUUUCAUUUUUCUUCGUUUAUCUCCGAUAUCAAUAAUUCACGCGUAAUUCGAUAUAGGUUCCAAAGACCAUGCUGAACUUGAUGUCCCACGACGAUACCGAGACCGUUCUGGCGACCGCCAAGGACUGUGCCGAAGGAGAAUGCACCCUCGACGAGAUCGACGGAUUGGUAAGCUUGCUCAAGGAUCAACAAAARGAGGCGUCCGACAGAUUGAAAGAAAUCAAGGACAUGAUUAAAUCCCUGGAAACCGUGAAUGGGUCUGACGACCGCUCUGUUGACGAGAUCCGAGAGACRGUUCGUGCUAUCUAUCGCAUCUUCCAACUCGGUGACAAGGCCAGUGGCAAUGAUUAUCCAGCCCUUUCGAAGCCAAUGGGAUGGACUGGRGAGGUAGGAAGUGGUCCAACGACUGCCUACGAUGCCCUUCCACCAAAGCCAUACAAGAAGAGUCCUUGAGGAACGAAAAACCGAACACAACAUAGUAAUUCGCUCUUUUUYACGACAAAGUCCAAAAAGUCCAAAUGACUUUCAUCUUGAAACACUCAAAUUCUUGCUCUCUGCAGCAACACAUCCAUCCAUAACCUCUAACUCUUCCAUAAAGCAUCGAUCAAAUCAGAAAAUUUACGAACAGGAGACGGAAGCUUCGUCACUGUUGAGAAACAAGUCGAACCGCUUUAAAAUCAAAACAUGGCAUACGCUAUGUCAAUCAUUAAUUUUACACCAUACUGAAAACAUGAAKCRCGUCAUUAUUUUAUGGGUGAUAUCAGGAAAUGUAGUCUAAGCUAGUAGUAUUGCUAGAGUUGUGAACAUCGCUAUAAAAAUUGUGKGSURWU